AACAUAUCUGCCAAAGAUGUCAAAUAGUUUUACUUAAAAAAUGUCCAAGGAUAAAAAGAAUAAAGCUAGUACCGCUGUGAAUGAAUUUAGAGUUUCUCAAACUAAUAGUGAACUAAUAGAAAAACCCAAAAUCGAGGAAGAGUUUGAGAAACCUAAGGAUGGUCGUGCGAUAGAAAUUAUUCUGGAUGUAAUUGAGAAUGUGAAAGCAUUCCACCAAGUUUGCUACGUGCAUGUGAAAAGUGAAUACAACGGAAAGGUAGUAGACGUUUCUGAAAAAACUCUCAUAAUCGAUGAGAAAGUCAAGUUGAAUUGGUGCUUUUACAUAGACGUUGAUGUUCUAUGUGAUAAGGAUCUGGAUGACCUAGUAUCGAAACCAUUAAUAUUUACAAUAUACCAAACCCCCGGAGACUUCGACCCAGAGUUCUUCAACCAGAUGCACCUGUUCGAAGAGAUAGGCCACGAUUCCAAAUCGUCUUUCGAUAGCGCCAUCAGCGUCUACGAACUGUUCACCGGAGAGGUGGUUGAGGACAAGGAAACGGUGAAGGAGUUCUCCAAAACCAAGAAGACGAGGCGUAUCUCCGAGGAGCACAGCGCCGAGAGGCUGGUUUCUAAGGAAGACCUCAGUUCAACGCCGAAGGAAAAAUCUAAGUCGAAGAAAUCCGACAAGUCUUCCACGAAAUCUAAGAAGAUUGAGGACCCGGACGCGGCUCCUUCCCCAUCUAAACUCUCGCAGAAGAUGGAAGAAAAUUCGGUUGUGAUUGGUAUGGGGACCAUGGAUAUGCUACCCCUGAUUCUAGGUAAUCAAAAAUUCGAUGCUUCUGUUGAUCUCAAGCCUCUAGUCUCGUACGAUGACGAUAGAAUGAUGACCUUCAGAAACAUUCCGAAGAUGUGUGUUACAGUGCUCAUAGACAAGCCAAUUGAAUUUCCGAUGAAACCCACCAUUCUCGGCUUCACUGUUGAAAGUAUCUUCAAUAUACCACAGGCUAUGUCUUCGCCGGAAAUGGAAUGUAGGAUUUGCGCCUGGGUACCUUUCACGGAUAAUUUCGAUAUGAAACAGAUUUUUGGAAAUUCGGUUUUUAUAUCUGAAGAUAUUGAGUACCAAAUGAAAGCAUGGCCUAACAUUCCUGUCAUUGGGGAUAAUGUAAACGCUACCAAAUAUAGGAUCAGACGAGAGUUCGACAACGUGAGAUAUAACUCGUCGAAAAGCAUCAGUUCGGUAAUAAAAAAGAACAAUCCAAAACUUGUUUAUAAUUACAUAAGAAGGAAUAUAAUGACGGAUCUGAACAAAACAGUCCUGCAUAAUUAUCUGCUGAGAUACAGAUACAUACUGUUGGAAAUUUAUCUGGCCGAGAAGGAUGUGCUUCCUCCUUUAGAUGCAGAUGAAGGUCCUAAGAGGUCAUCUACCAAAGUAGAAACGAAAAAGAAGGGGAAAUCUUCGGGUUUCCUCCAUCUCAUGGCACUAGUAGACAUUUCCUCCUUGGUGUAUCCUGGCGUUACCAGUACAAGGGUAGCCUGUCAAUUAUCGACGUAUCAUGAGAAAGAAGUUCUCAGAGCCACUGGCAUACAAGACUCCUUUUUCUUGCCCAAGCCAAAAUCGACCGAGAAUCUACAUCAGGUUAGCGACAAAUCUCUCAAGAAGGUUGAACACGAGAAGGAUAAGGGCCUCAAGAGAAAACAGGAUGCGUCGAACACAUCAAUAUCCACCAAAAAGGGGGGUAACAAAACUGAUCGUUCUACGGACGAUAAUUUGAAGAAUACUCUACCAUUGCCACCAACUCCCGAAGUGGAAGAAGAACCCAGUAUGAAGAUUUUCAACGAGAACGGAGAUCCAACAAUAAUAAUAAUAGAAAUUGAAAUAGCUGAACCACUUGUGAAAGCCAGACCAGCUGAAGAUUUAAUCACAAGUCUGAAGGAACUGAUUCCCGUAAAACCCAUCCUCCCUAAAACCGCCCUUAGUAUCAAGGUGGUGGAGGAGAAUUAUAAGCAAGUGAUACAAGAUAUGGGUUUGAAUUUGAACGAGCACUUCACCAAAUACAUUCAGGAGAAGAAAAUUUGUCACUGUUCUUCCCAGGCCGACUUUUUGACAUACCUACGUCGCAUAGGCGUCUACCAAAAAUACAUAAUCACCCUCAGGAAAGCGAUAGCGGUGUUGAUCAGCAAGAAAUACGACGUUUUGGAUUUCGCGUUCAGAAGAAGCAGCAAGAAACACCAGGACCUCAUAGGAAAAUUCUUCGUUUACUUGGUCUCUCGAAUGAAUACGAUUCUGAACAAGCAGAAUUGCGCCAUAACCGCGCGCUUCAUGGAGGGCCUUUCUUCCAUGGACGCAACGCUUUUCUACGCCAAAGAAUCCUGCGAGUUGAAGCGGUACACUUGUGCAGAGAAAUAUUUCAUGGAGCGACUAUGUCUUCAAGAAGACAAUCCUGAUGUUUGGUUCGACUACGCUCUAUUCCAGAUUGAAAUGGACAGUCCAGAACUUGCAUUCGAAUAUUUGAAAGAGGCUCUAUCGAAAAGACUGGAUCAUACAAACAGCUUAGUAUUGUACGGUAUUCUUCUAACGGAGAAGGGAAAAAUGUCUGAUGCUGAAACAUGCUUCAUGACCGUCCUAGUUCAUCGACCAAGAUGGGUUGAAGGAUGGGGAAUAUUAUUCCUGUUCUAUCAGAAGAAUAAAAACGCUGGAGGAAUGGCUUUCGCAGAAGAUAUGGCGAGGCAAUAUUUAAACGACGAGAGAACUGAGCAAGAUUAUUUCAUGAAGAAUGACGAACUGAUUUGGACUUCAGAAAUAUUACCCCGAACUGUCUUCUUCAAAACGGCAGUGGUACUUUUGAAACUGCGCAUGUAUUAUUGGGUCGAGGAUGCUUUAGCGUUCGAAAUAGCAUCACAUCCUGGCAAGGUGAAUUACCUGUUAGCUGUAAUAUGCUUCUUUCAAGAAAAUUACGACCACGCUUUGGACCAUCUGAAAGAAGCCAAAUUGAUUGAAGGAUGGAAUUAUGCUGUAGUUGCACUGACUGGCCACUGCUUAGUGUGGAAACAUGAGUACGAAGCAGCAAGAGAAGAGUUCUUCUACGUCUUGAACGCUUUCGAUAGACCGGACGACAUACAUAUGUUGUAUAUAGAUACCGCCAAAGUUUUGAGUAUUUUGGGCAAAGAACAAGAAGCCAGACAAAUUAUGCUACUCGCGUGUAAAAGCAACCCAACCCCAUAUACCUGGACAAUUGCUGGUACAUUUUUCUACAACGAAAAUGAUUUUUUGAGUGCUGAAGAAUGUUUUACCGAAGCCAACAUCUGCAACAACCGUAUUCCUCAAGUUUGGGCAUUUCUCACCCUAAUCAAUUUGAAACUGGAUAGAGAAACUGAAGCGGAACUUUGUUAUCAACAGGCAAUGAAGAAUGAGCUUGAUGAUGCAUCACUCAUAUUUGCUAUAGCGGAAGAAAUUGCCAGUUUUCAAAAACGAAAUUAUGAAUGUGAUGCCCAGUUUACAAUAGGGCAGGAAAUGUUUUGAACUUGAUAUUUAUAAUUGUUAGUUUACGAAAAAUAAAUGAAUUCAUGUAAAGUAUGUUUAUUUUGUAUAUUUGGAUCACAAUAAAUUUCAUUAAAAAUAAUUACUGAUCAAAAGAGAACUACAACAAUUUUGAAUAACUUACAAAAAUACAAAUACUUCAGUUAAAGCUAUAUAGUCGUAAAAACUUGAAUAAAUAAUAACAAAUAUUAGAAUUUUGUAAUAUGCUUAACAAGAUUAAAAUUAAAUGUACGAAAAUAUACUUCGUGAUAUUUUUUUGAUUAUCCAUAGAAGGGCAUUUUGAAAUCAUUAUGUGGGAUACUUC